AUGGCGUCUCGAAAGGAGGUGCCGCCGAGAGAUCCGCCGAUUCCAAAGACCGAGACAUGGACCACGCCAAAGAUCCUCAACGGUCGAGGAAGAAGUGGAAGAUUUCGUGCUGUUGGUGCAUCGGCAGCCGUAGCCGCGGCGGCGUUGGUGCUCACCAACUUCGUGCCGAGCGCCGACGGUUGGCGGAUGUGGACAAACGGCGGGGAUGAGGUAUCCGGGGAUGGUGGCCCAGGGGGGCGUAUCGGGCACAGCAUGGUUUUAGCUGGAAACGACAGCCGCGUGAUCAUGUUCGGUGGGAGGGACAACGAGAUCGUGCGGCAGCACAUCCCUAGGACAUACGAGGUCACUCGACAGGACGGCACUCUAGAGUUCGUGAGCUACGACGAGAAAAUAGUCCUGGAGUGUCAGGAAAACGCGUUGGAGAACAACGUUACCUUCGAUAGCUCCGCCAGCAGCAGCGUUUCCAUCAGCAGCAACGGAAGCACCAACAGCACCGGGGAGACUUGUAGCACUACCGUGGCCGUGGGGUUGUACUACAAUGACGUGUGGGAGUACGAUCUCAAUUGUACAAGGUACGCGGAUGGACCAUGCGAAGGCACCGGUUGGAAUGUCCUCCACGAGGGAGCCAGGCACGGCGCGUGCGAGUACGUCAGGGGGACGGAGAUAUGCGGGGUCCCAAGCGAGCGGUGGAGGCAGGGAGCGGCCAUGUUCGACGACAACACGAUGAUCGUCUACGGCGGGUACAGCCAGCGGUGCGGGGACUACUGCGACGACGUUUGGUCGUUCGACCUGCGGGACAACUCUUGGAUGGAAAUUUAUCCGUUGGGCCACUUCGCCGAAGGAGAGGGCCCGGGCAAGCGUUGGAAGUUCUCGGUGGCCUACGACGGCCUGUCGAUGAUGGUCUUCGGGGGUCACCGUCUCUGGCACGGCUUCGCGACGGACAACUCGGAGGCCAACUCGUGGUCCAGCUUCGCCGAGUACCCCGAGGGGGGCUACCUGCAGGACCUCUGGGUGUACACGAAGAAACAGCUCGCAGAAGACGAGCAGGUGCCGACCGAUUCAUCCGCCUACGGCAACUGGACCAAGAUCGCCCCAAAGGAGUCCUGCGUCGCCGAUCCAGGCCUGGCGUGGGAAGAGAGGAACGACAUAUCUUGUGACAUUCGGUGGCCUCAGGGCAGGGCUGGACACGCGGCGGUCUGGGACGAGGACAGGGGGGGCAUGUGGCUGCAUGGCGGUUACACGACGUUUUUCCCCUACAUCAGUUCUGACGGAGCAGGGUCGGACUACGGAACUACGGCGUUGGGACGCGGAGGAUUUCGCCCGUACCCAGACUACCCGUACUUCUUGUCCGACAUGUGGUUCUUCAACACCUCUUCCGGGCAGUGGGGCGAGAUCACUGCGACGAGCCCUACCCAGCCGACCCCACGCAUGAACCACAUGAUGGUCAUGGUCGACCACAUCCUCGUCGUAUUCGGGGGAUUCUACUUCAACCACCACUACGACGACACGUGGUUCUUCAACACCACUACCAGCUACUGGCUGGAGAAAUCCAGCCACGUACACGCGGUGUACCCGGCCAACUGCACCGACGACCUUCUCUACAUCGAAGAGAAUAACUGCACCGAGCUUCUCUGGCCCAACGAUCUCGAAAGGGACCAGGACUCCCCCUGGGACGUCCUCCCUUACGCGGAGCAGCCAAACUACUACCCCGACGGAGAGUUCGCGAGAUACUACGGCGUUCAUACCAAGGGAGACAUAGGAUCCAGAGAAGCACUGUUCUCGGUCGGGUCGCCCCUACCCCCCUACAUGGCCACCGCCCCGAGGCAGCACGUGCGGCGUUACGUCCACGCCUUUAAUGACACCCACAGCGCGGUCCUGUACGAGUGGUGCACCAGCGUCCUGGGGGAGCCCACGAGGGACACAACUCUUGACGGUCUAUUCGGACGAAGCGACAGCCCGGUCUUUGUCUCGCAGCCCAGGAGGCAAGCCCCCGGUUGGGACGGGUGUCGCGACAGAGAGGACGGCCGGACGGACCUUGACCAAGGUCUAAUGUGGGAACACCCGGGGCACCGCUCAGACGCCCAGGCGGUGUACUCUAAGAAGCACGCGAUGGUGCUCAUGUACGGGGGUCAGGGCUACAGCGACUGGCAGACGCCUUCCGUCAACAUCACCACCGCCACCUCGGUACUGAGCGACUUCUGGGUGCUGGGGAUGUCGGAGUGCGCCUCCAACUGCUCCUUCCACGGCGACUGCAGCUACGGUUCCUGCUCGUGCCACGACGGGUUCUUCGGACUGGACUGCUCCAACGCCUCCUGUCCUGGAGACUUCUGCUACUACGAGGAGACGACGCACGUCGAGGUCUGCUCCCAUUGCUGCCAGGCCGGCUGGAGCCACCAGGACGGCGAUACGUACGUAACCGAGGAUGUCUCCCGCUCCGAGUGCUCGGUGACCAGCCCGGGAGAGAGCCACGGCAUCUGCGACGGGUUCGGGACGUGCCAGUGCGCGCCGCCGUUCAUCGGAGACGACUGCUCCAUCAAGGACUGUCAGUACAAUUGCUCCUUCAACGGCUGGUGCUCCGUCGAGUUCCCAGUGUCGCGGUGCAUGUGCACCCCGGGGUACUACGGGGAAUACUGCCAGUACCUCGAGUGCCUCAACAACUGCUCCUACCCCCACGGGACCUGCGACAGCUCCACGGGGGUAUGCGCAUGCGAGAUGACCUACUCGCCAUACAACAACACGAGGUAA